UUUCCUUGGUUUGGCUUGGAUAUUGGUGGGACGCUGGUCAAACUUGUCUAUUUUGAACCCAGAGACAUCACGGCUGAAGAAGAACAGGAGGAAGUGGAAAGCCUGAAGAGCAUCCGAAAAUACCUGACAUCCAAUGUGGCCUAUGGACAGACCGGUAUUCGAGAUGUCCACUUAGAGCUAAAGGAUCUGACCAUGUGUGGCAGAAAGGGAAGCCUCCACUUCAUCCGAUUUCCCACUCAUGAUAUGUCCGUCUUCAUUCAGAUGGCACGGGACAAGCAGUUCUCCAGUUUACACACCUCAUUGUGCGCCACUGGUGGCGGAGCAUACAAGUUUGAAGAGGAAUUCCUUACUGUUGGAGGACUAGAACUUUGCAAGCUUGAUGAACUGGACUGCCUUACUAAAGGAGUACUCUUCAUUGACUCUGUUGGCUUUAAUGGUCAGUCCCAGUGUUUUUACCUGGAAAAUCCAAAAGAUCCAGAGCGGUGUGAAAAGAUUCCUUAUGCCCUGGAGAACCCCUACCCUCUCCUGCUAGUAAAUAUUGGUUCAGGGGUCAGUAUCCUGGCUGUAUAUUCCAAAGACAACUAUAAACGGGUUACCGGCACCAGUCUCGGAGGAGGGACAUUUUUCGGAUUGUGCUGCCUCCUCACUGGCUGCUCCACUUUUGAAGAGGCUCUGGAAAUGGCAGCUCUUGGAGAGAGCACCAAAGUAGAUAAGCUUGUUCGCGACAUUUACGGUGGGGAUUACGAUCGCUUUGGAUUGCCAGGCUAUGCGGUUGCCUCCAGCUUUGGGAACAUGAUGAGCAAAGAGAAGAGGGAUUUGGUGAGCAAGGAAGACUUGGCCAGAGCCACCCUCAUUACUAUCACCAAUAAUAUUGGUUCCAUAGCACGCAUGUGUGCACUAAACGAGAAUAUCAGCCAAGUGGUGUUUGUGGGUAACUUCUUGCGGAUUAAUACCAUUUCUAUGAAGCUCCUGGCCUAUGCUCUGGAUUACUGGUCUAAAGGACAGCUCAAGGCCCUCUUCAUGGAGCAUGAGGUGAGAUGA